CUGUACUGCGUAAGAAUGCCUCGUCAGUCUUGAAAUAAAUACUUUCACUCAUUCAUUAAAAACACUGGAUUUCCCCCCACUUGAAAGUUUAUUUAUUUUAAAUUAUGUUACGUAACAGGACAAUUACUCAAGAUAAAAGCAAUACAAAUGUUAAAGAUGAUAACAAUAAGGCGGAAGAAUCAAAUGUAAGCGCAGGUCCUGCGAAAAACAAAGGAUUCUGUGCCAAAGUUACAGACGUGGGAAAAGUUGUUCUUCUUAUCAUCUUCAUCCCUCCCUUUUUGAAUUAUGCCUCUUUGCAGAGGGAGGGAGCGCUGCUUGUUCCUGAAGGGGCCCAAUCAGUGGAUAUUGGAUUAGGUCAGAAGGUCCACCUCUUGUGCAAAGGACAAGGGGAGCCAGUUGUUCUUCUGGAUGCUCCCACCGGAAUGUCCUCGGAAUCCUGGUUCUAUAUCCAAGAAGAAGUUUCACAGAAGACAAGGGUGUGCACGUAUGAUCGAGUGGGACUCGGGUUCAGUAAGCGAGCCCUUCAGAACCAGACCACGGGAACAGAGAAAGUGUGGGGUGUGUCCACGACUGGAAGGAUGGUCGACGACCUGCACCGGCUCGUCAAAGCCGCAGAGAUGGCCACGCCCCUGGUACUGGUGGGGUCCGAACUGGGUGCGCUCAAUGCCAGGUUUUACAGUCACAUCCAUGACACGGAGGUGUCAGACCUCGUCCUCAUCGAUCCUAUACCAGAAGGUAUAUUUCAGGAGACGCAGUGGCAGCAGUACUGGUACUCGCAGCUGGUGCCGUACCUGCAGGUGAUGCAGCUGGCCGCCGCCACCGGACUAACCAGGAUAUUCAUCAUUGUGGGAUGGAUACAUCCAGCGAUUGAAGGAGAGAUGGUACCCGAGAAUGUAAUUCAGAAGCAGAAAUACCUCCUGAGCAACCCAUCUCACCAAAGCAGCACUGUGGACGAACACUUUUUCCUGAACGAGAGCGCGUCCCAAGUCAGAGAAAUUUCAGUAUAUAAACCCCUGACAAGCCGGACCUCCGUCAGCAUGGUGACGGGGGAUCAUUUUGACAACCGGUUGCCUGCUCAUCUCAACCAAAUUGUUGCUGAGCAUCAAAAGCGAUUCCAGGAGCAGUUUUACCCAUCAGCUAAGCGGAUCCACGUCCAUGGGGCGGAUCGCAGAGCCAUCUAUGAAGAUCACAGCAUCAUCAGCCGGCAUUUGCAGGAGAUCGUCGAGCAGAGACAACUUAAGCAACAGAGCCAGUAAAAUUUAGAAUUGACAUAGUCCUGAAUGUCCACUUAAUAACAAAAAUUCCUUUUUAAAUACUGUUUUUUACGAUCUCCAUUAUUCCAAGAUUUUCUCCAGGUCAUAACUUGUUAAUUCAGUGUACAGGCAUUCGCUUGUCCUAAAUAAGGACACAUGCUUUUUGCUAAUAAAAUAUUCAGGUUUCCAUCCAUACUUAUAGUACAACCGAGAGGAAAAUCAUAUUACUUGUUGACCGUGCACUUGCAUUGUUGGGUGACUUGGUUUUUUAGCCGGCUAAUUUGAGCUUAAUGGACUGCUGUAGUACGUACGGUAGGUAGUGCCGCAGCCUCACAUCUCCAAGGCUGGCAGUUCACACCCCACCCCCGAUUGUGUGUGUAUUCCGCGUGCAGGGCAUCCCCAGGUACUGCGGUUUCCCCCAGCUGUGCCCAGCAUGUGUGAUGAAGCAGAUUGGCAUCUGUAAGUGGUCUGUAAUGCAUGAGUGUGCCGAGCGCUGGGGUCCCAUCCAGGGGGUCCCUGCCACCUGCCCUGUGCUUCCUGUCUACCAGAGAUCUCAAAGUACCAGCCCAUGGGCCGAGUCUAGUUCUAUAUGAUCUAUUACAUGUUUUUAAAUAAUAAAAUCUGACCCGCACUUAAAACUUA